AUUUGCAGCGCCAAAGAUGACCUUCGGGAACCCUGUAACUUGAGAGAUGGCAAUCCCUAUUGAGGGGACAGCAUUACAGACAAUGAAUCCACCCAUAUUGUCUUGGGAGAGAAUUUAGAAUAUUAUGCCAGGAGAUAUCGGACGCAUUCCUAUUAUCUCCCUUAGUGGAUGUAAAUACUUGACCGAUAUUAUAAAUGAGCUUCCUAUUCCCAAAUCAACUAAUUUGCCUAUAAGAUGCCAUACUCUCUUAAAUGACCAGAAGGUUGCCCAAGAAGCUUACAGGUGUAUUAACUGUAAGAACGAGGCACUCGUUGAUGCACUUAUAAAGGGCCUGGGCAGUGUAAAUAAUGAUGUACAAUUUAAAGAUAAGUCCAUUGACCGGGCUGUUGACCCUCUUACAUCCCCCUUACUUCUGCGAGCAGUAUUAGACAAGAAUUCAGAUGUUUUUUCUGGCCAGACAAAUCGAAAUGGUCCCUCUCAACCUGAAGAUCCCUUAAGCAGUAUUCGUCUGGUAUCCAGCGAAUUUUCUGGUGAUGGAGUUAAGUCAAAUGAGAAACCGAAGCUUAAAAAGAGUAAGAGUGAAGGCAUUACGUACAACGCAGUUCGUGUUGCCCCGCUUAAAAUUUCUAUCAAGAAAACUAGUACGGUGAAAACAAACAAGAGUAAAAGACGAAGUAAAUCGUCAAAGGAUGUUCCACCUAUUUCUGACGAAAGUUCUUCGGGAAAAACAGAAACAUCCUUUGUGCAAAUAGCUUCUAAAGUCAGCAGCUCUCAUGAUCUUUGUGAUGAAUUAUCAAAGCAAACAUUAACUGAUACUAUGAGCUUAAAAAAGAAGUCUCCUCAUCCUAGCGACCCACAGGUAUCUGGAGAUGUUCCUGCAGCUUUUGAGAACUCGCCGAAAUUCCCUUCAGCGACUUCAGUUUCUCUGGAAUCCACACUGAAUCCUGUGAUUAAUCAAGUCCAAUCUGAACCAUCAGCAUCAUCAAAUAAUUCAAAUGAUGGCACCUCAAAAGUGAAUACCAGUGAGACAGUUCAUAUGUCUCCUUCUCCUUGUAAAACUAAUCAACUAAACGAUGAGCACCCGACUUCCCCUAAGACAGGUGAUCAUGGUUCUGUGGCGUUGGCUUGUGAUACUAAUCCAGUCCAAACUCGGCGGAUACCUGAUCCAGCUCUGUCUCAAAUAUUCCAUUCAGUUGCUCUCUUUCACCCCUAUCAGCCUACAUGUGAACCAGACAAGGGAGUAGAUAGCCAAGGUGGUGGUCUCUUUGAUGACUGGGUCGACACACCAAAACUUGCUGAAUCCCCUUCUAUUCCUGCUCUCACAAUACCAAACAAAUGUUCUUCCUCCGGAUGUUUCUCUGUGACUCCUUCCGUUUCAUCUGCAUCAACAGGGGUAAAAGAAAUGUUAUCUGUAGGUGCUAGUAAUGAAUUAGCGACAGGUCUUUCUCGCAGUCCUCAGUCUGUGCUUUCAAACUGCUCAUAUCCAACCACGCCCGGUGGAAAUAUUAUGGCGUCAUUUCACAGUACUACCUCUGUUACAAGUGUACCGGCAUUAUCAACUGCUUCAUCUCUUUCUCUUUGUAAAGGUGGUUAUUCACAAGUUACGACACCGUCAUCAACUAGGCUAUUUGAUACAGUGGAUGAGACUUUGACAACAAACUUAACUACUUGUAAUGCUUUAGAUGAACAAGUGAAUAGUACUCCUCAUGGCCUUGCUGCAUAUUUACCACGUUGUAAUAACCAGCGAUCAACACAGGCAUCUGUCUUUACGAAUGAGGAUGCGCCUGUGACUUCCGCCAAUUCAGUGUCCCCCAGAUCAGCACUCUCUCCAAGUGCUGAAUGUACUGAUCUUAGUUCUGUCAGUCCUCUAGAAGUACGUACUCCAGGUUCGUCAAAAAUGGCUGGUUCUGUGAUUAGUGAUCAAGUGACUUCGUGUUCAAAACCAAAACCGAAUAUUCGUGGUCGAUUUUCGGCUGGAAAGCCCAGAGGAGGAGGUCGUCGUAGGAGAACUGAACUGGAAGAACUAAAGAGAUGGAGUGUCAUAGAUCAUGCAAAUCCUGGUUCGGAAUCAAAAAUUUCUGAUCUCUGUGAAGUUCGUGAUUCACCCCGGAAUUCUGCAGUUAGUCGGGAUCAAACAUCACUAAUUGCAUCGGAACCUACAGUACAACCUGUUACCUCAAAAGAAGACACUUCACAACUGAAUUCGCUGGAUGUGUGCAAUCAGUAUGGUGGAUUUACAGAAGCUCUAGUAGAACGUGUAAAGCGAAGAAGGCAACAGCGGGAAAUGAAGCUGAAAUGCUGUAAAGUAUCUCCAUACAAGGAAACACUUCGAAGCUCUUGUGAAGUUUCUCCCCUAUCUACUCCAUCCCCAGGACAAAACAGAAUUAAAGCGAUGUCGCAUCCUAGAAAGCAUAAGUCUGCCAGCUUUUCGAGACGAGAAAGCAGGAAAGGAAACCAACGUACUGCAUAUAAAACGGAACUUGAAAGUCAUGAAAAAGAAGUCUGCAUUGACAUUGGAACAAGCAACAGCAAUAAGCAAAUUCACUUAACUGAUAGCGAUUGCUCUUCAUCUCCUGCAAGUACAGUUUUAUCCUCUGCCCGAUCUCACUCACCGUAUAUGAGCAGUUUACCACCUAUUGACAGUGUGCAACCUAGUCCUCCUGUACUAUCAUAUCAGAAAAUCGACUCACCAAACAACUGUCGCUCACACGAAUUAUUAGUAUAUGAGCGUCCCUCAGAAUCCAUUGUUCAAAUAUGUGACAUGAAAAAUCCAAACUUGGAGUCUGUUCCCAAACUUAGUGUUACAUUGGAAGGCAAUGAACCAACAUUUCAUUUAGAUAACCAGAACUCUGACUUCUCAGAUGCAAAGCGAAAUCAUGCUAAACCACAAUGGAAGGAUACGAAGUGGUCUACGGGGAAUAACUAUGGAGAAUCAGCCAGUGUACAGUCUUUCAGAUCUCAUUCAACUAAAGAAUCUUUUGGGCAAUCGAGGGAUUCAUCUCCACACCCACCACCUCUUUUACCUUUAAAUCGUCAUUCUCCCAGUUUAUUUCAUAAACCAUUGUCUGUAGACGUAUCGGGUGAUAAAUCUCAAGAAAAUAUUGAGUUCAAAGUUGGAGAUAAUCACUCACCACUAACUUGUGCUGCUUAUUCUUCAAGUAUGAAUUUAAAAACAAGCAAAACAUGCAUCAAUUCACCUACUGGACAGUCGUUUAACAACCUUACUGUCGACGUCACCUCAAAUUCAAAUAACUGUUCAUCCGAAGCAAGUUAUAAUCCAAAUAGAACUCCUAAUAUGAGUCAUACACCGAUGAAUUUUCACUCUUGCAGACAGGAUGAUAUUCGUUCAUCUCAAGUGACGGAUUGUAGUGAACACAAGCUCUCUGAUACGAGUGAAUCUAGCAGUAGUAGUGUUACAAGUUCAUCCCCGAGAGUGUUUUCAGGAAUAGAUGCAGCGUCAGGUUCUGGUCACAGGUGUCGUACACCCAGCACUAUAGCUUACACCCAUAGCUCUGCUAUGGAAGAUAAUGAUGAAGAUUUCCCUACCGUUAACUCAUGCCGCCGACAUGAUACUAAUGCAGAUUGUGAUUCGAAUUCUGACUCAUCGGAAAUCAAAUCUUGUUCUGGAUCAACGGAACCCGAUGCAUUGAAGACAGAUGACUUCCGAUCUUAUUCAUUGUCUUCGUUAUCUUCUGUUACUGAUGAAGUGAGCAACUUUUCUUCCGACGAACAUGAAGUUGAAAAUUCUCGUCUGUCAGACUUCUCUUCUUCGACUGUUCUUCAUCAAUUUACAAGCCGCCUGAGCAAAAUACUACGACGAGUUGAAGAACUUGAUUUGCUUCAGUUAGCAGCUGUUGUUCAAAACAAACUUGGAGCUACGUACAAGAAAAAUUCUGAUCAGGAAGAUAGCGAUAAUUCAAGUACACGAAAUAAUAUCUCUUCCACGUUACCUGACUCAGCGCGUCUUACCAAACAAGAAAUCAUAUCAUUGUGCUCAGAUUCAGCUAAAAUUCGUUCGGCUGGAUCAAUGUCAACUAUACCGACUGGUCGUUUGGUUAGGUUUCUAACCUUACUUUUAGUCAACAUGCAGGAAGCUACUUCUGUUUCUCCGAGUAUUUCAGGUCUAAUUGAUGCGCAUCGAGAUGCCAAGAAACGAUAUAAGCAUCAUCGAGAACAAAGUGCUCUCAGCAGUAAAUCACUGGUUAAGAAUGGGUAUUUCACAGAAGCACUUUUAUGGUCCGAUUCAGAAUGGAUGUCAUCCCUCAUUGGUUUAGACUGCGCCCGCACAGCUUUAAAUAUUAUUGUUGGACCAGAUAUGCCCCGACCUUUGCUUAUGGAGGAUUUAAUUGAAGGUAUUGUAUCUGUUGUACGGCAUCAGUUGGAUUGCUUGAUUCAUAAUAUUAUAAGAGUUACUACUCAUGCUCCACGCUCUAGCGGUUCCUCUUUGUCCUCAAGUUUCUCAGCACUGGGUUAUGUUGGCUACCGUGUAACACAAAUCAUAAUCCUAUUAGUGAAUCUCAUGCGACUGCAGCCUAAUCGCUUCACAGACAAUUUGGUAAUCAAUCUAACUUCCCUCGCUAUGGCUAUUCCUUCAUAUUCGCUAACGUCAGGAACUAGUAUAACAAACGAAUGGAAACGUUUUCUUUUGUCUCCACAGACGUCAUUCGAUUUGGCCAGUUAUACAGGAGACUCAGAAUCCAUGGAUGCAUCAGCAAAAGCUCUUAAUACUCUAUUUCUUGUUAGUUGGCCUGAACACUUACAACGCGGAAGCCUAGCACUUGUAAGCAGUUUGUAUAGUCAAUAUGAAGCACAUCGGAAAAUGAUAAUAGAUGAAAUCUUCCGCACAUUCUUAUCAGGUCUUGAUGUCAAACGGGCAUCUACAGCAGAAGUGAGCGUUGACGGUGAAAAGGGUUCAUGUUCGUCUGACAGGCGAACAGCUAAGACUUUCCGGUUGCUGUCAUCCUCUUAUUUUUACGAACAGUAUUAUGGAUCCAAAUCAAAAGCUGUCGAAUCUGAUUCAACUCGAGUUGAAACUCCUCAGUAUUUGUACAUUCAUACAUUAAGUGCUCUCUUCCUUUGUAUAACGCAAAGCUUAAUUCAUACGCCGAAUUUUUCAUUUCCUGCAAGCAAUGGAUCCAAUACAUCUGGUCGUAAGUUUUCGUCAUCUGCUGUAUCUACUCCAACACAAAGUUCACUGGUUUCUGAGGCUAUUACGGUUGAUAAUGCGCAAUUCAGUAAGGAUGAGAAGCACGUAUUAAGUAGUUACAGUACAGCUGUACGACAUGCACAUUAUCUGAUUUCUGGUUUAUUCAAGAGGGUUAGCAUAAAAGCUGAAUAUGACAUGCGAUCUGUGUUGGAAACUGUUACGAAUGACUUGUUAAAUGUCACUUUUCAAGCACCCGUUGAGUGGCCAGCAUCUGUUGUUCUCCUUAGUGUACUGAGUAGUCUUUUGAUUCAACAACUUAGUCAAGCUAAUUCGAGUUCUACGAGUUCAAAUACAUCCUCUUCUCGUUCACGCAAUGUUGAAUUAUGCAAUAGGCUUCUAGCUGUGGAUACUCUUGCCUCAUUAGUUGUUGGUCUAAAAGAAAAAGCUAAAACGUACAACUUGGACUUGUCAUCAACAUCACCAGCUUUCCAACACAAAAACUUUUCUAAAUUAGAAGAAGCGAAAGAUGAAGGUGCUGGCGAAAGCAAGCAUCAAGCCUGUUUGAUUGGUUUGUUAUCAUCACCAAUUCCAGUGGUACAUCAUUGGUAUCUUUCAUUUUAUGAUAUCCUUCAAAUAACUAAUAAAAGUGACAACUCAGAUUUAGCGGAAUUCUGUGAGAAGUUAAAUCUUGGUCAAGGUAUGAUGUGCUUUCCUGAACUGUGUUCAAAAUAUUGUGAUUUUCUUGUAGUGACUGCUCACCGGUUUCAUCUCGCUGCCUGGUUGCAUAAUUGCAGCAGAGGCGCUUCAACUACAACCAGUUUAGAUAUUCACAUGGGAAACAUAAAAGAGAAUUCAAAUAUUUCAGUAAAAAGUAAACCUAAUGCAGAAAAAGUUCGACAUCAAUUAUUGGCUGAGCUCGCUUUGACUCAUUCGUACUCAUCAGUAUUCACACCUGGAUUUUCCUAUGCUAAACAGAACAUAUCUUCGAUUAGUGCAACUUGUACGGCAUGCCCACACUCAUCACAACAUUCAUUUUCACGCGGCCGUGCAAAUUGCAUAUGCUGUUCAUGUAUGGGAUGGGGGGGUUCGUUUUUAGCUCAGUCCAUGUCAUCUCAACGUUUUAUUGCAUAUGCUCAUGCACCAAGGCUAUGUAGUAAUAUUCGAAUUCGUUUGGCUGCCCACGCCCACAUUUCCGCAGUUUAUAUUCUUCGUGCUCAUUCAGUUCUACCUAAUUUCGAUGUGCUUUAUGGCUUUAUUUGUAAAUUGGCGGGGGAUAUCUUAGUUCCUAUGCGAUCUAAAGCACUACGCUGUCUUGCUUCUGUCAUCGAUGCUGAUCCUAAAUUGAUGUGCAUAACCAAGGACUCCAAAGAUAACAGAGGCAAAUCUAGUAUUUCAUCGAAUCCAAUUUUCGAUAUCCCACAUAUUGUUCGCUCACGUCUACUAGACAAUUCAACUGCUGUCCGUGAAGCUGCUGUUGAUCUGAUCAGUCGAUUUUUAACUUUACGUCCACAAUUUCUACCAGAAUAUUAUUCUAUAAUUGUGGAACGCAUUUUAGACAAAGGCGUCAGCGUACGCAAGCGAGUUAUUCGAUGUUUUCGGGACUUAUUGCUUAACGAUUGGAAUAAAUUUAUGGAUUCAUCAAAUUCAAAUCCUAAUCGACACAGUUUUACCUUAAUCGGAAAUCAAAUCUGCACAGAUAUGUGUCUGAAACUAAUUCGUCGUCUGCAUGAUGAAGUCAAUAUUCGAAAAAUGGUUUUAGAAGUUUUCCAUGAAUUAUGGCUAACACCUAUAUCCAAGUCGCAUGCUCGUUUCUCAAAAGUUCUCGAUCGACGAAUAAUAAGUUUAGCUUCAGUAACUAAAACACUUAGACCAAACAAUUUUGACCUGCUAGAUAGUUUUGUCGUUCAGACUACAUCUACAGACGACUCACAUACUACAGUGUGUCAGUUUGAUGCAGCUUGUAAACAGAUUAUUGGGCGCCUCAUUGUUUUAAUUAAACGACGUAUUGGUCCUUUGUUGGUCCCAAGCUCUAAGCAGACUGUGAAACAGAGUGAAAAUGUAGAGUCUCAAAAAUUAUCACAAUCAAGUUCAAUUUUAUCUGAUAUUCAUGGUCUAAUGGCAUGUUUGCAUUUGGUCGGCUACAGCAAACCUAACCUUGUUCGACCUCAUGUUGGAUUUUUAAUGGAUCUUCUGCAUAAAAUAUGUCUAUCCGUCCCUCUAACACUAACCAAUGGUGAACAGACAACUAAUCAAACGCAACCGGCUAAUACUCAGUGCCUUUACCAUCUGAUCAAUGUAAUAGAAAUUGUACUUACUAAAAUAGCGAGCGAUUUAAAUGAGUCGGAUAGUCCUCCUAUGGAGGAAGCUAUGUUCGCUGGUGUAUCGCGUACUAACUUCUUUCAGUUACAAAGUGAUUUACUUCAGUUCGCUCAACGUCAUGGUCGUGUGGUAGUGGACUCAGCCUUAUCAUGCUUAGCAGUUCUCGUCAAUCAGGUUUUAAAAGAUCAAACUCAGGUCAUGUGUUGCUUUUCACAGUUCUAUAGCCUUCUUACUGAUCUUUCAUUGGAAUUACGAGAGGCUCUUUCGACAAAAAUAGGCACUUCUACGCGAAUAUCAUCCAAAUCUCGACCGACAGUCUUACGAGCACUGUAUACUGUUGGUUUGAUAUGUAAAUAUUUUACGUUGGAUUAUUCAUUCAACGGUAAUAGAAAAUUGACUGUAUCCAAUUCAAAUUUGCUGGAUGAAGUUGUAGAUACAUUGAUGCUGUUCGCGGAGUAUGCAUCUGUUCGCAUUCCUGUACAAGAAAAUCUACCGGCUCGUGGGAAUAGUAGUUCUAUGAAUGAUAAUAACAAUAACAUUAAUUCUUUGCAUACGAAAUCAGAUAUGAACGAUCCAGACUUAUGCCGUAAAGCAAUUACUGGAUUGGGUUUUCUCUUGUAUCGUCAUGACCAACUUUUUUGUACUGGUUCUGUGCAAUUGUUUUUAACUAGGUUUCUAUCUACUGUUCACAGCUCCUUGACCAAUAACCAUUUAACCCAUGGGUCUUCAUUCUUCGAUAUUCAGUGCAUUAUACUGGACAAUCUAACUCAUUAUUUUUUAUCCAAAGAGCGCAAAGAAAAUGCAGAUGAUCGAAGAUGGGCUAGGCGUUCUAAAUUCGAAUCUUUAAAAGAAUUAAAUGAUCGAGAAACUGGCCUCAGCAGCGCAAUAGCUCAAACUUAUCUACCAAUUGUCCUUAAAUAUUGUGUCGUCACUCCAUCUCUUAAUGUUCGUUCUUCAGCCCUAAGUCUAAUGUCAACCAUACUGCGUCAAGGAUUAAUUCACCCAUCACAUAUUUUAUCCUCGCUGAUGUGUUUACAAACUGAUUCAGAUCCAAAUAUCCGUUUACGUGCCACAGCAUGUUUGACAGAAGCAGAACAAAAAAUCCCCGGAUUCGCUGCAAUGCGUGCUGUUUCUGGUAUUCGUCUGUCAUACCAAUUACAAAUGGUUUUGUAUCCGUGUGAAACGUCUUCACCUGUGAUUGUACGUGGAGCGAAGGAUUCAAAGAAUAAUUCUGAGGCUAAAUCUCUUUCACCAAGCAACAAUUCUACAAAUACCGUCCUCUGCAUUAAUCACGCUUUAUACGCCAUGUUGAGAACCAAUAGACAGCAGCGUCGGUCACUAAUUGUUAAUCUACUAUCUAUGUUUGAUGAUCAACAGGAUUCAACGGUGCUUGCUGGUGAAAAUGCAACAUCUCAAAAUCGUAUAAGCCAGUUGAUUUUUAUAGCAGACCAUUUGGCACAUUUCCCAUAUGUGGUUUUGGAUGAAGUGUACUAUGUUGCGGAUCUAACGGAGCAAAGAAUUAGUCUUAUAGGAUCUAACAUUUUACGAUCAUUAUAUCGGAGUUUGCUACCUGCUUACCAAAGUAAAUACUCAAAUCCUGAAGCUUCCGAGUUAUCUAAGCAUUCUGGCGAUCGAAAACUGGCAACUGAAACUGAUCUUAUGGAUUUUCUUGAUAAAUGUGAGGCCAACUUACCAAGGGACUAUGAUCUAAACACGUCGUUCGUAAACAUAGAUUCAAUGAAAAAUAUAGACAGUCAAAAUUCCCACAGUUCACUUGAGAAGGAAUUGCAGUAUCUGUUUAAACACUGUCAAUCAGAUAAUCUGAGGAGCAAAGCGCGAUCAUCCAUGAUAUACUCAGGACCAUCUUGCUUAUUGCUGAUGACCAUCCGCAGAUUCAUUCGUCAGCAUUAUGGUGUUUCCUACAAUGUUCAUUGUGUUUCUUUUAGUAAAUCGAAGGAUUAUUCAGCAUCUGAUUCCCCUAAAGUAUGGGAGAAACCUAUCAUAUUACCAAAGCAAUCGAAUCCAUCCGGUCAACUGAUGACCUUACCUUGCAUAAUUUAUCAGUAUGCGUGUAACCCUGGGUGGAACGACUUGUCGAAAGGGCCCCCGGAUCACAUUCUUUUACGUCAUUUUCUUAUGCUGCGUCGAGAACUAAUGCUUAGUGAAGAUAAUACUCUAAAAGAAGAAGUUAUCGACAGUUCAUCUAAGGCUGUGGCUCAAACUUCUGAUAUUGAAGAAGACAUAGAAGAUGAAUACCAAACAAAAGUAAAGGGCGAAGAACGUUCAUCGGCUUUAUGUGAUUCGUUGACUACCUCCAAACAUCCCACGUCUACAUCUGAACACUGCAUUUCUCCACCAAAGCGUUAUCCCAGUAGCUCGAAUGACCAAAAACAUCGAAUUUCAAACAGAACUCAGAUUGCUAAUGUACCAAGGAAACGAAAAAUUGUGAAACGACAAUCUUCACCAUCGUCUUUGUCAUCGCUUUCAGCAUCUUCUAACGAGGUGAUGGGAGAAGUUGAAAUGAAGAAAAGUAGUAUUAAAUCUAAGGCAAAACACUCUCUUGACUCACGACUCCAGAAUUUACCUUCGAAGGCUGUCGCAAAGCAUACAGACAUAUCACGUCGUUCUAACUACUCUACAGAUUCUGAAUCGGUUGAUAUGGAAAGCAGAAAAAGCUCUCAAAGAACUGACUGUGUUCGGAGUCAUCAGUCUCGAUUGCAAUCAAGUCCGGAUUCAUCGAAUAAAACCAGUUUCCCAGGUCAACGUGUUCACUCACGUUUUGAAUCAUUGGAUUCUGAUGCAAAUUCAGAUAAUACUUCCUUGGACAGCUCUCUAAUAAAGAACAAGAAAAAUAAAGAUUUAAAUGCUAAAGUUAGGCAAACUAGCUCUCAAAAUCUCAUCACUUCAUCGAAAAAGCAAUCUAUAUCUCAGGGGCAUUCUCAAAAUCCUGUAAAAACGAAGAAUCUUGAAUGCCGGGAAAUGGAAGUCACUAGCCAAUCUAAAUCAGUUUCUCAUCAAAGUUAUCGUCAUGCAGCAAGUUCAAAACAGUCCACUUGUCCAACUCGUACUCUUGCUCCACUACCAUCUGCUAUGAUGAACAGCACAAGUGUAUCACGACCAGGGAAACAUUCCUUUAUAAACAAACCAGCCAAACAUAAUCCUAAACAAUCUGAAUUCGUCAGUAAACAUGACUCCAAUAACACCUCUCAACAUCAUCCAGUCGAUAGUGCUAAUCACUGUGCUCUGCAAGAGAAAAGCUCGAAAAAUAAAUUCCCAUCUCACAAAAUUACCCAUUCGACGGGAAAUCGAACUCACAAACAACCAUCAGAUGAGCAACGAAUAGUGAAUAAAAAAAUGGCUGAAUGUUUGAGUUAUAAAACGCGCCAAGCUGAUGCAUCUGUUAAACUUACUUCUAAUAAAAAAAUUCGAAAGGCUAAAACAUUAUCCGAUUCUGAUAAAAGUGAUGAACAACUGUCUGAAACUAGCGUAUCCUCUGUUUCAUCGACAUCUACAUCUCUAUCAUCAUCGUCAUCGUCAUCAUCAACAACAACAUCCGAGGAUAGUCUUUCCACUUCAUCCUCGUCUUCCCCUUCAUCAUCAUCAUCGUCAUCCUCAAUUCCUCAACCUCAGUUGAAACAGAAGAAAAAGAAACUCAGUUGACAGCUAUAUUUCAUUUUAAUGUUUACGUUGUUAUUUAUUACACCCGCUAAGGCUAGUUUCAUUGUUAUGCUUUUUUUUUAAUGAAAAACAACACUAUGCUUCUGUACUUCUUGAAGUAGUUACUUCCUUUCUAAUCUAUUAUUCUUCACUACUUGUUCAUACUUAUACUGCCAGGUCGUUUAACAAACCUAAUAUUUUUUUCCUUUAAAAAGUCACUCAACACGCCACCAUGCUCAAAUGCAUUCCGUUUUAAAGCGUUCAAGCGCCUUAGCUUAACUGGAUCCCUUGAACAAAAUGGAUUUAUAUCCUCUUGGCGAGUAAUCAUUGAUUCAGAUUGAAAUUUACAUACAGCUAAUAUCAUGUGAGAAUCUCUACUUUUCUUUGUAUAAAUUUUGUGAUUGUUCUUAUUGUAUAGUGUUGCUAAUAUGCAGCUUUUAUUUAUAGCUUACUGCUUUUUAUAACCAUUUGUAUCUAUCCACAAUCUGUUUCUGAGUAACUUGAGUUUUUUUUUAAAUUUCCAACUGUAUGUAAUUUUAUAUAAUAUGUUAUGAUGUUAUAUGCAACCGCUUUUAUUAUUUCUAUCAGUAAUUUUUAUCGUGAAUACUCUCUCUGCUACACUUACGGACUGUUAAUCAUUGUCUGUAAUCUCACUGACUCUAUCAAUCACUUUUAUGCCUAUAUUUCCUGUAGAUCUGUUUGUCCGUUCUUCCGUUUAUCUCUUCAAUAAGUGGUUUAUAUCUCUUUUUAUCAUUCAUUUAUUUCAUGGUACAAAUUGGAUUUUUCACCUUGUUUUAUUUCCACUUUUAAUACCACUACUACUGCUUAUCCUCCUACUCCUACUCCUACUACAUUUUUACACUUGAUUUAUUUGAACCUGAAUUGUUUGUUUCGAAGAUUUUAAAUCUAUGAACGAAUAGUUUUAGUAAUGCGAUUAAUGACAACAAUGACUCAUCAAGUCAAUCAUUUUUUUAAUAUUUUUUUUGUUUUUUGUUUUCAUUUGUUUUAUUUUGUUCAUUUUUUUCUGGUUUAUUUAUUUAUUUAUUUUUCAGCUGAUCAUCAUUUAUGUAGACAUUUGUUGUCAUCGUUGUCCGCUGUUGUGUUUUAUUAGUACAUUUUAAGCCUUCCACCUAGCUAAUAAUAUUGACGAUAAUCACAAAAUAGUUAGUUGUAGUAGUUAUAUAUAUGGUAAAAAGAUUGUCUACUUCAGAUUACUAUUAUUGUUAUUAUCAUUAUCACUAUUAUUGUUAAUAUGUUGAUAAUUUCAGUUUAAUUCUUUAUGAAGCUGGUUCUUACUUACUUAUUCUCAAUUUGUACAACAAUACAUGCAAUAGCAUACCAGAAACGCAAAUCAUAAAAUAAAUUGUGGUUUUAUGAGUUAUUGUUAAUAACUGUUCACUUUUUCCUUUUUACAACAACAAAAUGGGUGGUCUGUGCCGUAGGAAGUAUAAGAAUAUAUACUGUAUUUCUGUUAGAAGUUAAAGUGUUAGUUUGUUGUUUUCAUUGCGAUGGCUACUGUUCAGAUUGUAAUAACUUACUAAUCCACUUUCUUACUGCCUCCUAUUCUCCCCGACAUUAAACUAGCUGGCACAACAUUAUGAUUCUGAGUGAGAGCGUGUUACCCGGCUUAAG